AUGAAAGGCUCUUUUUCACCCUUCGGUGAGAACGAUUUAUUGACACGCCACGAUGUCCAAAAAGCAUGUUUAGACCUAUUUUGCCCUUUGAUAGAAGCGUUUUCCCCGGGUUGUGCUCGUGUCCGUCUCGAUGAAUCAGCUGCUGUAUUUGAUCAGGCAGCUUCUGACCUUGAAGGUUUUGCAAGGCCACUUUGGGGCAUCUGCUCACUAGUUGCUGGCGAGGGUGAAUUCCCCUAUUGGGAAAUUUAUAGAAAGGGUCUUUCUAAUGGUACAAAUCCAACACAUAAGGAAUACUGGGGAGACCCGAGUGACAGAGAUCAGAGAAUGGUCGAAUUUGCAGCCAUUGGUUUCGCAUUAGCAAUGGUUCCAGAGCAUGUAUGGUAUCCUCUAGAUCCUGAAUCAAAGUCCAACUUAUUAAAUUAUCUUUUACGUAUCCGUAAGUUGAAAUUCACCCAAAAUAACUGGAUGAUGUUUAGGGUUUUGAUUGAUUUGGGUUUGAAGAAAAUUAAUCAUGAUAACAAUGAUUCUUUGAGUGAAGAAUACUUAGAAAAGAUAGAGAGUUUUAGUCUCAAAGAUGGCUGGUAUGGAGAUGGUUCUCCUUGCAAUAUUGACCACUAUAACGCCUUUGCUUUUCACUUCUAUUCGAUUCUAUAUUGUAAGUUUAAUCCUCAGGAUGCUUCUAGAUGCGAAAGAUUUAUUACGAGAUCACAUCAGUUUGCUCUACAAUAUAUACAUCUUUUUGAUGCUAAAGGAGCGAGCUUGCCGAUUGGAAGGAGCUUGGUUUAUAGGUUUGCAACGGCAUCCUUUUGGGGUUGCCUUGGACUUUUAGGUGAGAGUGAGGUAUCUGGGUUAAAUUGGGGAGUAAUAAAAGGUCUUUAUAUGCGAAAUUUAAGGUGGUGGGCCCAAAGACCUAUAUCUAGAUAUGGAUCGAAUAUCCUUACCAAAGGUUAUUCCUAUCCACAGGAUGCCUUACCUGAGACAUACUCCUCUUCUCAGUCUCCAUAUUGGGCUAUGAAAGCUUUCAUUGCCCUUUCAAUACCAGCAAAUCAUCCCUUCUGGACAUCUAAGGAAGAGCCUUAUCCUAAAUAUCCUAAUAUUAUUGUUUUAAGCACACCAGGAAUGGUUAUAUCACAAAGGCAUGGUAACAAUAUAGCUUUAGUCUCUGGGCCCUGUCAGGAAAGCUUUAUAAAAUCUGUGAAGGAGAAAUAUUGCAAAUUUGUUUACUCUACGCGAUAUGGCUUCAAUAUUGAGGGCCUGAACUCAAACUCUUUUGACAGUUCACUAGGAGUGAGUAUCGACGGAGGACAAAAUUUUGAAGCAAAAUAUAAAGGCAACUCUUAUAUUUUUGAAUAUGGUACCUAUUCUCAAUGGAGCCCUCAUGAUGGUGUUGCAAUAGAAUCAUGGGUUAUUUUUCUGGGAGACUGGCAUUUGAGAGCACAUAAGGUUUCGUCUGAAAGAAAGUUAAAUUUAAUUGAAGGCGGAUUUCCCAUAGACUCCACUGAUGGAGUUGAAAAUAUAAAAGCUAAACUGAGUUGUGAUUUACUUGAAAUAACCAAUGGUGUUGAUAUAUCUAUUAUUGCAGACUUGUAUUCAAACAGAGGAUGUACUCAUUCUUCACCGGAACCAAACACUAAUAUCUUAAAACCUCUUGUAACUGUCCCUCAAUUGAAAGGAAGCUUAAGGGAAGGGGUGUCUUGGAUAAUGGGAGCUUUUCUUGGCAUUCCGAAGGGUGUAAAAAUGACUGAGUUGCCCUUACCGCCUACAAUUCAAGAUUUGGAGCGCUAUCGUGACAGUGCCAUGAAAGUAGGUUGUUCGCAAUAA